CUCCCCGGCCCCGGUCCCACCCCGGCGGGGGGCGGUGCGGCCGGGCGGGGGCGGGUGGCCCGGCCGGGCCCGGCGGAGCGGCGGGCGCAGCGGCUCGGCUCGGCUCGACUCGACGCGACUUUACUCGGCGCGGCCAGGCCAGGCCAGGCCUGCGCGGGGCGGCCGGGCCGGCCCAGGCGGUGGCGAUGGCCCAGGUGCCGGCCUUCUCCUUGCCGGCGCGCUGCUGGGGCUGUCUCUGCCCCCCGGAGGCUUAGCGGCAGCUUUGCAGAGGGGUGCCCGUCCCGGGGUGAUAACCCGGGGGUGUCCGGAUGGAAGCGGUGACUGUCCCGGUGGCUACCCGGGGUGCAGGCCGGUCGUUCGCGGCCGCAGGGCUGGGUGACAGCGUGCGAUCUGCCUCCCCCGCUGGGGCGGGCAGCCUUUGGUCUCGGUCAGCUCUGCCUUCCUCCGGUGGGAAACGUGCGGUCGGUGUGGUUAUGCUUUGAAAGGCACCUGCUGCUUUGAAAAAAAAAAAAAAAAAGCGGCUUAAAUUGCAGAGCAAUUGGGGUUUGGUGGGUUUUGCUUGAUUUUAUCCCUUUUUCCACGCUCUGUUCUUCCACUGAUUUAAUUCCCAAUAAGAUGGGAGGGCCAGGAGUGUCAAACGCAGGGAUAGCUAUCCUGACGCCUUCCUGCGCUAAACGCUUAAGCUCGUUUUGGCAUUUUGAGCACAGAGCUCUUGGCAGACGUUUCUCUACUGACAAUCAAUUUAAAAAGAGUAACCGUCACGACAGGCAAUGCAAAAUAUAUGCUACUGAUUCUCAGCCCUGCUAAUCUGCAGCAAUUCAUGGGGAAAAACCAGCAUACACAUUAGCUGCCAAGAUUUAUAUCUCUGAUUGAUUUCAGUUAACUUCAUGCUUCCCUUAGGCAGAUGAGGAUUAUAUAGUUCUGCCUUCAAGAAGGAAGGCAUUCGUUAAUUGCAGUCAUUAAUUACAUGGACUCUGCUGAAUGGCAUUCUCAAAUGUGGAAAAAUGCAAAAUGUUCAGUCACAUGUAUUUAUUGGUAGUAAAAAUACAAAGUCUUUAGCCAACAAUUUAAACAAAGAUGUAACCGGACUAUCGGCCUAAAUAGCAAAGUGUUACAGGAGGGAAGUUCACAGCAUAAUAUUUUAGUAAGCCAUCAAACUAAACCCAGUACCUAAAGCAGAGGCCAGCGUGCAGCAAAAAUGCCACUAAACACAUAGGAACUUUUAUUAAAGACAGACAAAUAAAAACUGAAGUUAUGAAAUACGAAUUGUUAAGACUGUUUUAUUAGCAUAUCUUUGCUGUUGUCCCUUUGUCUGGGUUUUGGGUGUUUUUUUGUUUUGUUUCGUGUUUUUUUUUUUUAAGGACAACCUGCACAGGUCUAGAUAGUGAAGCUGGCCACAAUUCUUCUGUUGUAAAAAAAUUGGCAGGUGUGGGCUGAAGCUGAUUUUCUUCAUGCAUCAUUCUGCUUUUUCAUGAAAACCACUGCAAAAGAGAGAAGACAAUCACAAAAGAAAGAGUGCAGUUUCUCUUGAGUCUCUUUGUCCAUGCAGUCUUGCUGUUGUGGAAGCACAGGCCUUAAAUGCUUCUCUGGUCAUCACCUUAGGGGGAGGUUCAAAAGCUGUGCCCUGAAGCAAGUAAGUCUGAGUUGCUGAAAAGAAAUUAGCAAGAUGAGAAAGGAAAAAAGAUAUGGAAAUAUUAAAAGAUGGAUGAAGGAGAUCUGAGCAGGAAGGCAGGAAAAGAGUUGCUGUCUCUUCAGGCCACUGCUUGGUAAGGGUAGUCGCAGAGUCAGCAUAAGAAAGACCCAGGGUCUGCAGGAGAUGGUCGGUGAGGAGAGUACAGUGAUGGUGAUGAAGUGCUGAGAGGCUCUUCGUCAUUUGCCGCUCAUCUGAGUGCUGUGGCUGUCCAUUCUCCGGAUCCUUAAAUGAGUCUAAACUCUGAGGAAUUGUCAUCCAUCACUAUGAAAAACAACAUCCUGUGAAUUUGUUUCAAGCUUUCUGCCUCAUCAUCUGCUUCAGAUAAGCUGUGCUCCAAGCUCUCCUGGGGAGGGUUUGUCCUCAGGGAGACAUGGCCUUCUGCGGCUGGAAGCGGCUCCUCCUCGUGGGCAGGCAGAACACCUUUGCCAAGGCUUGGAGGAGCAGGAGGGGAGGCCCCUCUCUGCGCUGGAAGCGCUGCUGCCAUUGGAGCGCCGGCAAGUCUCUGGACCCCGAGGUGAGAGCGUUUCUGGAGGAGAACACGGAGGUCACCAGCAGCGGGCACCUCACGCCAGAGAUACGACUGCGCCUCCUCACCCCUCGCUGCAGGUUCUGGAGGGAAAAACCUGACCUGUGGCCGUAUGGGGACCCGUUCUGGGCAAUUUACUGGCCAGGAGGCCAAGCCCUCUCCAGGUAUAUUUUAGAUAAUCCACAUGUUGUUAAAGGACGUUCGGUUUUGGAUCUUGGAAGUGGAUGUGGAGCAACAGCAAUAGCUGCUGUGAUGAGCGGUGCAUCACACGUCCUUGCCAAUGACAUUGACCCUAUUGCAGGAACAGCAAUGAUCUUGAACUGUGAACUGAACCACCUGAAUCCCUUCCCCAUCAUCAUUAAGAACAUCAUUAAUUCAGAGGCUGGCAACUGGGACCUCAUUGUUCUAGGAGAUAUGUUUUAUGAUGAACAACUUGCUGAUGAUCUGCAUCACUGGCUGAGGAAAUGCAUCAGGAUUCAGCAAACUGAAGUGCUGAUUGGUGACCCUGGCAGGUAUCAGUUUUUAAGUCACAGCAUUCGCAGUCAAUUGCACAAAGUUAUAGAAUAUUCACUUCCUGAGUACACUAGACAAGAAAACAAUGGAUUAACAUCAAGUAUCGUCUGGAGUUAUCAGCCCUCAAAUAGCUCAGAAAACUGUUGAAGCUGGCUUUGUAAUGAAUUUUGUCUCAUUGGUUGGCUUUUUUUUUUAAGUAUGUAAUAUGAAAAUAGGAAUUAAACUUGGAACAUACCUGUUGAUGCAAAGGAGAUUACUGUACCUUCACAGUACUGAUUUCAGUCAUACUGAGGCUUUUGCUCCAUUUGAGGUAAAAACUACAUGCAAACUGUAUUCAAAGGGCCCUGCACUGAAGUGCAAAUCCAAAGACAGGUUACACAUAAGAGUUUGCAUGCUUGAUGUUUUUAAAGUAUAUUCAUGUCUUACUCUCCAACACUAUUGUGAAAUGUUCUGGACAUCCAGCAUACUGCUGUGGGGAGAAGGUGGUGGCUGAAAGAUUACUGCACUGCUUUCACAGACUUUUGCAGCUUAUUUAUAGAGAAAAUUACUGCUGUCCUUCAUAAAACUCUCCGCUAGAAUAUUAGGUCAUACUAUGCUCAACUUAAAGUGCCUUGUUCUUUUUCUGGGUAUCUCUUCUGAAUGUCAAAGUAACUAAUUUCAAUCUCCCCCUUCCCCUCUAUAAUAAAAACUUACUCUUC